GUGCCAUCUGCCUGGUUGACGCCCAGUACCAUCACGCAAUCUUCGCUGAGAGGCCUGGCAGCUUCUUACGGAACGGCACCCGCUAACGACAACGCCCGCUGUCAAGGGGGACUCCGCCUAGGAACCGUCCUUCUGCUGAUGCAAUCGUGAGGUGUUCAGCCAUAUGCCCCUGUCUCAAAGAUUCACCUCACCAUCUUGUAGGAUCCGAGUAGGCAGAAACACCACGUCGCUCGACCAUGAGCACUAGCCGCCACCGGAUCAUAUGAAACCUGGUCUUCCUAACUUCGCUGUCUCCGCUCACCUCGCUUCUCUCUCCCUUCUCCAGUAAGUCAUUAUGGACGAGCAGGCUGCACAGUUGCUGCGCCUUCGGCAACACCUGAAAGACGUCCACGACAACCCCUCUAUCAUCCUCGACGAGAAGCUGUUAGACCAAGCGAGAUACUCGCUCAUCCCUACGCUUACCAGCCAAGACAGGCAAGCUUUGAUUUUACAGGUGUAUCAGUUGCUCCCAAAUCUCCAGCAGGAUCCCGCUCCCACCGUCAGUCUUCUCUCGAAGCUCCUCGAACCUGUGUCUUUGUCAGACGUCCUUGCACUCGAGCCACCUGUCGACUUCAUAGCAGGUCUUCAAGUUGCCACUACACCGUUCAAUAACCUCACACUCUCCUUGCUGGAAAAGGCAGAUGGAAGCACGGCACGCAUCCUCGCGUCCGCCCACUCUCAUCUCUUCAUCGCCCUCGUCGAGCUGUGGCUAGGAACUCAAGAUGAAGGUGUUGCCGACAAGGCAGGAAAAGUGUUGCUGGCCCUCCUCAAGGCUGAUUUGCCAGACCCGGGAACUAUAGGCAGAGAUGGCUCUGUCUGGAAGCGCCUAUUCCGUGACAGGGACGUGUAUGAGCGCAUAUUUGCCAUCACCGACACAAGAACAGGACGCGACGUGUCGCUCAACGCGAGCCGAAAGACGGUAGCGCAAGCGCGCCUGCUGGAUUGGCUUCCGGCCGUGGCCGCUCUUGACUGGAAUGCCGUCUCGCAGAGCUACCAUCCGGACGUAGAAGCCGCAUUUGGGCUGAAGGAUACAGGCCAUCAGAGCCUGUUGGACUACGCAAUGUGUCACAUGGUCGACUACAAACGUGACGUGCUCAUGCACCGAACUCUCAUGGCAGCGUACGAAGCCCUCCUUGCCAUCAACCCCUCAAGUUCGCUCUCUGGCUCACCUGCGCUUGACUUUCUCUCCAAAAAUGGCUUGCAUUCUCGAACGCUAAAGUAUUACAUCGCGCCUGAGGAUCCCGCUCACGACCCGCUCGAUGUCUCUUUUUUGUACGGUCCGGCAGCAAUAUACACGGCGCGCUGGGCCGAGAUGUACCCGUACGACCUCGAAUCCCCAAGGAAUGCAGAGCUCAAGCGAGCAGUUCUCAAGAAGGCAACAGCAGCCGUCAAAGUACCCGCAGCGCGAUGGGCACAUUCCCACUCCCCAGCAGAGGAUCUGCAUGUUUUGGCGUCAAUCCCAAGAAGUACCCUGCUUGCUCUCGGCUCCUCGAACCCAGUUCUGGCCAUACCGUCACGUGUUGCCAAUGCGGACGCACUUCGCUGCUUAGCGACCAUUUUCCAUGGGCCUCGCGUCGACGAUGGCUCCAACAGCAACGUCGUAACAUUUCCGGCCCCCGCUCAUCUGCCGACGGACGCCGAAGAGCUCAAAGCCGCACAGGCACUCUACAGCCAGUACCUGGCGCACAACCCGCGCCUUUGGACAGAUGCUACUACACACGCCGACACGAUUGCCCUAAAGGACCAAGCACUUGCCUCCAUCCAUCUACUCACCUCCGUGUUGUCAGCGCGCUGGGGCGGACUCGCCGCCGUCAUGGAUGAUUCGUCACCUGCUAAAGCCGCAGUCGUGCCCUGGCUGUUAGGUCCGCCGAAGACCUUUUCCAAUCUUGUCGGUGGCCGUGGCGACGCCGAGAAUGCAGCUUACCAGAUUGCCACGGCUCGCUUCGACGCCCUCAGGCUAUUUGCCAGGUUGCUAGGCGAUGCGGAAGGCUACGCGGACGUCAAAGCUGCCGUGGAACAGAGGAUUAAGGAGGGACCUUGGGGUCAAGCUCCUGAGGCGGGUGGCAGAAUCGCCACGAUGGAGCUUUAGUGGACAAGAUCACGAACAUGCAAGGUAGAUCAGGGUAAUUAAAAUCGACGGGGACGCAGUGAACGAAAAAAAAAGUACUUUUUAAUGAACCAAUUACGCAACGCACCAUUUCAGAAGAGGGCAUAAUGUAUUCAUCAUUCAAUAAAAAUUGAACCCUAUCCGUAGGACGGACUUCUGCGGAAGGUAAUUCUCUCCACGAUGUACAUAGAACGAUUCAUAUAUAUGUAUUCAGACGUCUAUCCCUUGA